AUGUUCCACGAUCUGAACGUGCCGUGGCCGGGUGCCGAUGCUGUGAGAGAAGUGCAGCGCACACUCGCGUUCCUGGACGAAUUAGGAUACGACGUGGUUGCCCUCACACAUACAUAUAGCGGAAAGCUGCCCAGCGAGCUGACCUCGCCAAUACCAACCCCACUGCCGUUUCCCGCCCCCCAACGCCUGCGCAUACUACGACGAUGCAACAUCUUCUUGACCGACAGCGCCUCCAACUUCCGCAUCCCACAGCUACAACAGCACUACGACCUCGUUGCCGCACGACCGACCGACGAGCGCACUCUCCAGCAAGCAUGCCACAGCCUCGACGUCGACAUCAUCUCACUGGACCUGACGCGCCGCUUUGAGAAGCACUUCAAGUUCCCCAUGUUGGGUGCCGCGAUUGCGCGUGGGAUCAAGAUCGAGCUGUGCUACAGCCAAGGCAUACUCUCGAGCGACCCGCAAGCGAAGCGCAACCUCAUCAGCAACGCAACACAGCUCAUCCGAGUUACACGGGGUCGGGGGUUGAUCUUCAGUUCGGAAGCCAAGAGCGUCCUGGGUAUCCGUGCGCCAAGCGACGUGAUCAAUCUAGCUUCGGUAUGGGGACUGGGGACUGAGAAGGGCAAAGACGGUCUGACGAAGGAGCCGCGCAGUGUCGUCGAGCAUGCGCGAUUGAAGCGCCAAAGCUUCAAAGGCGUGAUCGAUAUCGUUCACGGUGGAGAGAAACCGGCACCCGUAUCGAAAGACAAGCAGGACGACAAGAGCAAGGCGAAGAACCAGAACGGAAAGAGACCAGGCGAGGUUUUGGAAGGUACACCUGCUCGUCAGACAGAGAAGCCCAUCUCGAAGCGCGAACAGAAACGCAUCAAGCAGGCCAAGCUAGGUGCAGGAGAGAAGGAGGCUGCAUGA